AUGUUAUUAUUUCAAUCACCAACAUCUUCAUUAUUUUUAUUAUUUUUUCUUUUAUUUUUUUCUUUAUUUUCUGUUAAUUCUAAAAAAAUUAAAAAUCAUUACAAAACUACGGCAGCAGAAGAUCCAAUACCGGCACAGGAAAUUAAUACAAAACAAUUAAAUAAACAAAUUAAAUCUUCCAAUAUUUUACAAAAACCUAAUCGACAACCCCCAUCACCAUCUUCCCAUUCCCCUUCCCAAACAGAACAACAGCAUGAAUUUUCUAUAGAGGAUGUGGAUGAAGAACAAAUUGAUGAAAUUUUAAGGGAUACUUCCAAAAAUCUUGUUAUAUUUUUUUAUGAUGGAAGAUUAAAAUGCCCAGAAUGUAGUGUUGCUCUCUCAGAGAUUGAAGAAAUUGAUGAUGAUAUUGAAGUUGUGAAAACUGAUGACAGAAGGGUGGCUCGUGAAUGUGGAGUAAAUACAUUCCCGGCAUUGGUAUAUUACAGACGUAGCAGUCCAAUUCUUUAUGAUGGAGAUUUUAAAGAUUCUGAGAAAGUUUUACGUUGGUUGCGGGCACACGACGAAGUGGCUACUUGGGACUUGAAUGACGAUAACUUUGAAUGGAGAACUCAUUCCCAUUCACCUCCAGAAGGAGCUCUUCAAUGGCUUGUUAUGUUCUAUGAUUCUGAAGAAUCUGAUUGUAAUGCUUUUGUUCCAAUGUUUGAAACAGUUGCCCAUAAACUUAGAGGUUUAAUAAAUGUUGGAAAAGUGGACACAUCUGUUAGUGAUGAUGUUACUGAACGUUUUAGAAUUGAUGAAAGUCAAUGUCCAACAAUUUUAUUUUGAGUUUUUUCAUUUAAAAAAAGAAUAUUUUUUUCUAAUUUUUUACAGAUUUCACAGAGGAAAAUUUUUUCGUUAUAACGAGGCGGCAAAGGAUGUUAAUGGGGUUGUCUCCUUUGCAAUGUAUAAAUUCAAGGAACAACGUGGCCAUCGAGUACCGGAGCCGCCAACUGCUUUGGAACAUUUUUACGAGCAUUUCAAAGAGCGAUUAACUGAUGCUAUUGUAUGUUUAGAGUUUUACUUAUUUUACGUUAAGUGCUUCGAAGGUUUUACUAGGUUAUUUCAUAAAAAAGUUCGUUUUUUCACCGGGUGUUUUCUGAGUGAUAACCAUUUUUAUCCGAUUUUGUUUUCAUCUUAUUUUAUAGCUCAGAGUCUUAGCUUCAUA